CAGUAGUUUACUAUUACAUAAAAAUAUACGAUUUAAAUCUUAAACAGGUCGAAAUUUCAGACUGUAGAAAAUAGGAUUAAUCAUUAGAUGAUAUAUGUACUGACCUGCGAGGAUGAGAAAACUAAGAAACUGCGGCUUAAAAAUUUUAAAAGUUCCUACUGCCACCAUCGAAGACCUUUAAGGAAGUGUGUACGUGUUCUCCUGUGUUUUUUAUUCAUUUGUACGACAAUUGUUAUGAUGGACUUUCCGAAUAGAGCCAAAAAUACAAUUAACCCAUGGAAGCACACAGCAGGAGAAGACUUCCACGAAAAUCUGACAUUUAAUCGAACUAAAACAACAAAAGUAUUUGACAUUAAUGCCAUCCGUCCGCAUUCUGUAGAAUGUGAAGAUCGUAAAUCUGGAAAAUUUCGAUUGUCAGCCAAGGAGCUCCCGUUGACGGCACUUGCUUCUCCCAACAGAUCAGGAAAUGCCUGGUUACGUCAUUUAUUACAGAUGGCCACAGGUACUGGAACGUCGUCGAUAUACUGUGACCGUGAACUGCACCGGAAGGGUUUUCCAUUUGAAUGCGAUCAUACAAACCAUAGCAGAAUGCUUGUUGUGAAAACACACGAACCUUGUCCACCUCUGCUACCUCAGAAGGGGAAAAAAGUGGUUCAGAAGCCUAGAUUGAAAAAUCCUCCAUUUUAUAGGGCUGUUAUAAUUAUUCGGGAUCCAUACAAGAUCCUUGUCGGCAAUAUGCACAAAAGCCAUUUACAAGUUUUCAAAGAAGAGAAAUAUUUCAAGGAGAACAGCGAAUGGCGAAGUGCACUACCAGAUCUGUUAAAUUGGUGGAAUCAUCACAAUGACUACUGGUUAACAAAAUUCCGUGGACCAGUUUAUCCGCUGCUUUAUUCAAAGUUGUUGAUAGAUACAGAAAAUGAACUUAAAAAACUGCUAAAAUUUCUGAAUGUCACCUACACUGAGUCAGAUAUCAGGUGUGCAAUGGAUAACAAGGAGGGACAAUUCCACCGAAACCAAACCGUUUGGACAAGAAUAAAAGACAUUACUGGAUUGUUUGAUAAUACUUUGAAGAAAGAAAUUGAUGCUAGUGUAAAAGUAGUGUCUGAACUUUUGAACACUAAGUACGGUAUUGAGUGGUUGGAUGAAAAUCAUAGAGUUAGGAGAUAGAAAUACAUUUAAGAGAGUAUUUGUCAGUAUGCAGUGUACACUGAGGCUUAAGUGACAUUACAUGCGUAGCUGUUUUCUUAUUCAUAUAGUCCGUACGUUCAUCAAUAAGAAAAUAAGCGCUGCUAUUGAUAAGUGUUAAUAGCUAUUAAUUUAACUAUCGAACCAAUGGUUAAUCCCCAGUAGUGAAUUCAUGUAUACUCGACUCAGAGGUGACAUAGCGGACGAUGACAGUAUCUCUACUGCUGAAAGCUGUCACCAGGAAUAAGGUUUUGCAUCGUGUAGAAAACUGCCUCGCUGAUAUCACCUCGUGGAUACAUUGCAACAUACUGCAUCUUAAUUUGUAAAUAAAACUGAAAUACUGGUCUUCGCAUCAAAGCAUAGAUUCAGACACAGUUAUAACCAGGAGCUUAAGCUGAUGCACGCCUCUGCCGAAAAUAUCCAGGUCACAAGAAGUGUAGGAAUAUUUGAGUGUAGGACUUGAAUGAAUGAUCAAAUUAUAUAAUUUAGCAAUAAAUGCUGAACAGUCAU